UCCUUGUCAAACCUCACUGUGGUCAAGCUAACGUUAACCGCUUCGGGUCGUCGGCAGCAGCAGUAGUAACGGCACAAACACGACAGCAUGGACGGUGCCAGUCACUGAGAGUCACUGCAGCGCUCAUGAAUUAGAGAAACGUGUUGAGGGCAGCGACUUUUACACCAAGAGACACUCGAGACUGAAGACUUCUGUCCCAACAACGCUGUCGACGACGGGAAACGUUAAUGUUUGUGUAGCGGUAAGCUAACGGCUAGCUAACAUUACUUAACCUGUCGCUUGGGGCUAACUUAGAAAACAGCUCUCGGAGAAUCUGCGAACUGACUCCAAACAACACGCCAAGUGAAGGAUACCGAGGCAUCACGAAUCUCUGGUCCGGUGUCGUAAUUAUAAGCUCUCAGCGCCCGGUGUUGCUGCCUCGACCGGUGGUUGAGUUCAUGAGCGUGCUCAGUGACGGCCGUGCUUAGUCCUCUGGGAUGGGGAGUGGAGUCCAGGAACAGCGGGCAUCACUCACGCAGGGAGAAGUGCUGCCACGGGCUUCCUCCAGUCAGUCAGAGGGCCUGAAGCCCACUCAGUCGGUCAUCAACUCGCUCUUCUCUGGGGCUUUAGCGGGAGCUGUGGCCAAGACAGCUGUCGCCCCACUGGACAGGACUAAAAUCAUCUUCCAAGUGUCUUCAGCAAGAUUUUCUGCCAAAGAGGCCUACAGGUUAAUCUACCGCACCUACCUGAAGGAUGGCUUCCUCAGUCUGUGGAGGGGGAACUCGGCCACUAUGGUGCGAGUCAUACCAUACGCUGCCAUCCAGUUCUGUGCACACGAGCAGUACAAGCAGCUGCUGGGAGGCUACUACGGCUUUCAGGGGAGAGCCCUACCGCCACUUCCAAGGUUACUGGCGGGGUCCAUGGCUGGUACCACAGCAGCCAUGCUGACCUAUCCUCUGGACAUGGUGCGAGCUAGGAUGGCUGUAACGCCAAAGGAAAUGUACAGUAACAUUCUGCACGUGUUUGUGCGGAUAUCCCGAGAAGAGGGCCUGAAGACACUGUACCGAGGCUUUACUCCCACCAUUCUGGGUGUUGUUCCCUAUGCCGGUCUCAGCUUCUUUACCUAUGAGACAUUAAAGAAAUUACAUGCAGAGCGCAGUGGACGCCCACAGCCCUACUCAUACGAACGUCUGGCAUUUGGAGCCUGCGCAGGUCUUAUUGGUCAGUCGGCGUCCUACCCUCUGGAUGUGGUGCGACGCCGCAUGCAGACUGCAGGAGUCACCGGUCACACGUACGGCACCAUCCUGGGCACGAUGAGGGAGAUCGUGUCAGAGGAGGGGGUUGUCCGGGGUCUCUACAAAGGUCUCAGUAUGAACUGGGUCAAAGGGCCCAUCGCGGUGGGCAUCAGCUUCACCACCUUUGACCUUACUCAGAUCCUCCUGAGGAAGCUGCAUCAGAUGGGCUAUACAGCCCGAUAGUAGCGAUACAGAGAGACAGAAAACGGGGGAAAGUUGGACGAGGAGAUGCCCAAACACACUCUAAAGAGAAUCAAAAGAAGUGAGAGAGUGACGAGAGUGUAUUCCUUUAUAGAAGCAGACACACACAGCGGCUCAGGUUGAUGAGUAAUAUUAUGCAUUCUCUUGCUCACGGGGGUUGUGAGGUGUGUUUGAUGGUACCGAGUACUUGUACACACUGUAGUCAUGUACAUCUAAGUGCAAUAUGCUUAGUGGUUUUGUGUGUGUAUGUGUGUGUACACAUAAAUUAUAACGCUCCUGCCCUCUUGGACCAGGCCUGUGAGUGUACGUGUCAGUGUGGGAGUUCAGAGGUUAGACUUCCUCGUGUGUCCGCUUCAAACUGACCCGAUGCAAUGCAGGUUGCUGCUCAUUGACAUUUAUGACAAAUAUGAUUUAAUAAGAGUGAAAUAUGCCCCCUUGAGAUUUGUUUUGUUGUCAGUGAGUUUGUUUUAAGGAGUUAUACCAAAGGUUCGGAUGUGAGCUAGUUGCAGAUUUUACGUUAGUGGUGUCAAGCACAAACGUUCUCACCCAGCAGCACAGAAGUAACAGCACCGUUACUGCCAACAGAGGCUCAGAUUUUGUUUGAGUUGAAUAUAUGUAAAUCACUUUGAGUCUCGUGUGUUGUAGUGAAGCGCCUACACUUUGAAUUUACAGACUUUUAUUUGUAGUUGAGCUGCUGCGCUGACAGCAGACAGAUCAGAUAUAUUUUAUGCAAGUGCCAACAGAUAUGAAGUAUAAAGCGUGCCCGUUUGUUUUCACUGUAAUCAUAUACAGUUAUGGGGUUUUUAAAAUAUUGUCAAUUGUGAUAGUUUCGUUGUCCGAAGUAUUGAUACAGAUGAUUAGACAGAUUUAAAGUGACAGUACCAGUUUAACCUUCCUUUCACAUACAGUCCCUGUAAAGCACCCAGGCCAUUUUCCCAAUAUGACAUCAUACACGCUGAUUUAACAGUUACGUAACAACACCUGUAUGUAAUCCAAGACUGCAUCUAAUUAUUAAUCUCUAGUCAAUCAUUUGAUCAGUUGUUUGUUCCAUAAAAUGUCCCAAAAUGGUGAAAAAAAAUUGGAGAAUCAAAGAUUAAGAUGACGUCCUCAAAUAUUUUGUUUUGUCCACAACGCAAAGAUACUCAAUAUGGAUGCACGAUAUAUGUGUAGUUGAAUUAUCUGUUGUUAGUGGGAAAUUUAUCUUAUCCAGCUAUUUAUUGAUAUUGGUCAAUUGCUAGCCGAUCGUGUCCAUAAUAUGAAGCCAACCUGCUUUUACUGACACGGUCAGUAGACUGGAAAAAACGCAGUAGAAAUGUAAGAAAUGCAUAUUGUGCGUUGCUAAUAUUCAGUUUCAUGUCAUAGACGACUAAAGAGACCAGAAAAUAUUCACAAUUAAGAUGCCGAAAAAUUACUUGAUGACCAGAUUGUAAUGUAAUCCAAUAGUAAUGUAAUGCCCUCAAAAUAUUCUGUUUGUUGCUUUAACUGUUAAUCUUUCACUGGUAUCGUUCUGGACUACUUUAUAUUCAGAGGUAUUUCUUAUGUUCAGUGCUAUGUUCACUAGGAAAGGACACACACACACACACACACACACACACACACACACACACACACACACACACACACAGAGUCGUAUUCAGUGUACAAAUGUUGUCUUCCAUUUGCUGUUUGUCUGGCAGCUUCAUUGUUUUUUGGAUUUAAAUUCUCACGUUGUAGAUCUGGAGCAGUGAUUGCUCGUGGUUCACUAGCUUGACUGGAAAUAUGCACACAGUAAUUCUCUGUUACAGGCAUUAUUUAGUACAUUUUAGUGGUUUCAGUAUUGUACUUUUACCUCAGCACAUCAAAUUCUCACAUAUCAAUACUUUAUGUUGAGUGGUGUCAAACAUUUGACUAGGAUUCACCAUAGGUGAGACAGUUUCAGCAGUAUUGAUGCAGGCUCUCCCUCAUUGGAGAGUGUCACUAGUUUCUAUACUUAGAGUGCACAUGCCAGGACUGAGCCCAGCGAGCAGCUGGGUGCAGAGCCAAGUGGAGCAGAGGGCAGGACAGUGGCACCUUUACCAGAAUAAAGCUGGAAGUUUCCUCUGCAGGGGUGAUGAGCUGAAAGAAAAGGUGGAUCACCAAGAUUUUUUUUUUUUUUUUGCUGAACAAAUCUCAAAAAGUAGAUGUGACUAAACACAAGUAGCAUCCAAACAUUUUGCCUGAGGAAAAUUGUCUUAAAUUGGUCAAAUUAGGGUUUAAAUCAGGAGCCGUCUGACAAGAUUAACAUUCUGAGUGAUGAUUUGUUAUCGUCUUCGAUGCUGCUCAGGUGUGAUUUGAUGCUGCUCAUCAAACUCAGCUGUUCCCUGGCCUGCCUCCGUCUCACCGUCAUCAUUUUAUCAUCUCUGAUCUGUAGUCAGAUAUUAUUGUCAAUCAUCAAUUGGUGGGAAAACACGAUCCUCUUGGGUUAACAGCAGAAGAGUAGAUGUAAGUGUGUUAUCUUGGCUUCGGUAGCAGAGGGGAAACAAUGAGUAGCUUGAAGCCUGCACACGUCCUGAGCUAACGUGUGCAAAGUAGUACAAAGUAUGCAGUGACUGAAAGCCGAGUGAAGGGUAGUUACUGACUCUUAAGUGCCUAACAAGGAAUAGUAAAGUUUUUACUAUGACUGAGCUACUUCUACUAACCUUUUUGAAGGUUGCUUCCAUUUUCUAGCCUUGCUUCGGUCUUGAAGUUCGGUUUGAAGUUUGGGGAUUGUUAGACCUGUGACUGAAUGUAUUACUUCAGGUCCAGUUUUUGUAUGUGAAUUUUGUAAAAAUUUAUAAACUGCCUUGUAGGGUGACAGAUUAGAUCCUUUGCUCCCUUACAGACUCAACCAAUCCAUUCCAAACAGUCUAGGACUAAUUUGAGGAAUGUAGGAGGAAUUCAAAAGAACAUUUAAUGGUGAUUUUUAGCCUGAUUUCAGUAUAGUGAGAUGGGUAGAUAUAUAAUGAAAUACAUUAUAUUAAGCAGAGCUGACAACAAGAUUGGGGUAAAAAAAACAAAAAACACUAGACAAUCAUUAAAUGCCAAACAAUGAAAUGUUUUAGUUUUAAGGAAAUGUGAUGUUUUCCGUUUGAGAACCUGACCGUGGCUUAAUGAAGGGGGACACUGAAACACUACGACAACAAACUCUGUUAGAAGAUGUUUUUUUUUUGUUUGUUUUAAUUUGCUCUCAUGAAAGCAAAUUGAGUUCUUUUAACCCCAUUUGCGGGUAAUUCUACAUGGAUGUGCAGACAUAUACAUGCUGCUGUGUUUGCAUGUUUACAACGGAUCAUCUUGUAUUUUUUCGUGUUUCAGUGCCGUCUCAGUGACACGACGGCUGUUUUGUAAAUCCUUAUUAUCUGUGCCAACUGAAUGUAAACCUACUAAUACCACACCCUGUGUCCAGUCUCUAGUGAUGAUGGUGUAUCUGUAGGAAAGUUUUGAAAAAUCUAAAUACCAACUCGAAUAAACUGGAUGUUGACAAUAGA